AACCUCAUGGAGACCCACACAGCCGCCGCCCCUGACGGGAGUUUCGUUCCGUCACUCCUGCUCCUGAUCAGCGGGACGCUGGUGACCACUCUACUAGGUGCUGCACACUGCCUAGGACUGUUCUACCAACUGAGGCACAAGGUGGACAAGACCAGUGUCCGGCAUGGCGGGGAGACUGUGGCCACUGUGCUCCGUGCUCACGGCGUUCGCUUCCUCUUCACGCUGGUUGGUGGACACAUCUCUCCGCUGCUGGUGGCCUGCGAGAAGCUGGGCAUCCGUGUGGUGGACACACGCCACGAGGUCACAGCCGUGUUUGCAGCUGAUGCGGUGGCCCGCCUGUCUGGGACGGUGGGCGUAGCAGCAGUGACGGCAGGCCCUGGCCUCACCAACACCGUGACAGCGAUAAAGAAUGCCCAGAUGUCCCAAUCCCCGGUCCUGCUCCUAGGGGGUGCCGCCAGCACCUUGCUGCAGAACCGGGGGGCACUCCAAGCCAUUGACCAGAUGUCACUGUUCCGACCUCUGUGCAAGUUCUGUGCUUCGGUGCGGAGGGUGCGGGACAUUGUGCCCACACUGAGGGCGGCCUUGGCAGCUGCCCAGUCAGGCACCCCGGGCCCGGUGUUUGUGGAGCUGCCCAUUGACGUGCUGUACCCCUACUUCAUGGUCCAGAAGGAGAUGCUGCCUGCCAAGCCACCCAAGGGCCUCCUGGGUUGGGGAGUCACCUGGUACUUAAAGAAUCACCUGGCCAACCUCUUUGCGGGGGCCUGGGAACCUCAGCCUGAAGGGCCCUUGCCCCUGGAUAUCCCCCAAGCACCCCCGCAGCAGAUCCAGCGCUGUAUAGAAAUCUUGAGCCGGGCCAAGAGGCCCCUGAUUUUACUGGGGAGCCAGGCUCUGCUGCCCCCGACACCUGCCGACAAGCUUGGGGCAGCUGUGGAGACUCUGGGUGUCCCCUGCUUCCUGGGAGGCAUGGCACGAGGGCUGCUGGGCCGCCACAAUCCCCUCCACAUCCGGCAGAACCGCAGCGCCGCUCUGAAAAAGGCUGAUGUGGUUGUCCUGGCAGGAAUCGUGUGCGAUUUCCGCUUGUCCUAUGGCCGUGUCCUCAGCCGCAGCAGCAAGAUCAUCGUCGUCAACCGUGACCGGAAAGAGAUGCUGCUCAACUCAGACUUAUUUUGGAAGCCCCAUGAGGCUGUCCAGGGAGAUGUGGCGCCUUUCAUGCUGAAGCUGGCCGAGGGCCUGCGGGGCCACACAUGGGCACCAGACUGGGUGGAAGAGCUUCGUGAAGCUGACCGGCAGAAGGAGCAGACCUUCCGGGAGAAGGCAGCGAGGCCCAUGACCCAGCACCUGAACCCCGUACGGGUACUCCAGCUGGUGGAGGAGACCCUACCUGAGAAUGUGCUCCUGGUGGUUGAUGGUGGAGACUUCGUGGGCACAGCUGCCCACCUGGUACGGCCUCGAGGGCCCCUGCGCUGGCUGGAUCCUGGGGCCUUCGGGACACUGGGGGUCGGUGGAGGGUUCGCACUUGGGGCCAAGCUGUGCCGGCCAGAUGCUGAGGUCUGGUGCCUGUUUGGGGAUGGAGCCUUUGGCUACAGCCUCAUAGAGUUUGACACUUUUGUCCGACACAAGACCCCGGUGAUUGCCUUGGUAGGAAAUGAUGCUGGCUGGACGCAAAUUUCCCGAGAGCAGGUGCCCUCUUUGGGUAGCAACGUGGCCUGUGGCUUGGCCUACACAGAAUAUCACAAGGCAGCUAUGGGCCUGGGGGCCCGGGGCUUGCUGCUCUCCCAGGAGAAUGAGGAUCAGGUGGUCCAGGUGCUACAUGAAGCCCAGCAGCAGUGCAAAGACGGCCACCCAGUAGUGGUUAACAUCCUAAUUGGGAAGACUGACUUCCGGGAUGGUUCCAUUGCAGUGUAA